GACUUUCACGUUCUCCAGAUCUCAAGCAGCUGAAAUUCUCAUUUCGGAUUCCCAUUUCGGAAUCAUCGUACAAUGCUCCAGAAUUUCGCGUUUGAGAAUCACCCCACAAUCGGAUUCUUUUCCAAGCAAUCGGAGCUAAUGAGAAUGCUGCCCGAGAUUCCCAAGCUGCGCAACAUCUUCGAUCUGUUCGUGGUCAAUGAAUGUGACCAGGCGGCUGGCGGAGAAGAUGUGGCGGCCCCAACAUGCUUGGAUCUUGGCAUCGGGAUACGGAUGACGGAUGUGGCGGACUGCCUGCGCAUCAUGGGCCUGAAUCCCAGUGACGACGAGCUGCAGCAGCGACUGGAGGAGCAUGUGCGUCGACGCGAGUCGUUGGGCAUGGGAAUGAAGAAGAUCGCACAGCGCGCCACCUUUGAGCUGGUGCUCACGCUGUACUGCCAGCUGGCGGAGCAGGAGGUGAAGGAGAUGGCCAAGGGAUGCAUCGUCGAGAAUGUGCUGCGCGUGUUGCGUAGCCGCGAUUCCGCGGGCACUGGCAUGUUGCCCUACAGUCAGCUGCGCCAUUUGCUGACCACCAUGGGCAAUCGAUUGGACGAGACGGAGGUCUACGGCGUGCUCCAUCGCGCUGCGGACAUUAAUGGCAAUGUCCUCUACGAGCACCUAGUACACCAGCUGUUCGCCACGGAUCCGCUGGCCGAGGAGCGGCUGCAACAGGCGCAGCUUUACCUGCAGGCCGUCGGACGCAAUGCCAUCGACAUGGACAUGGAUAAGCGGGACGAGUUCAUCGAUGCCAUCCGGCGGGCGGAUCCCGCGCGCUCCGGUUUCAUUGAGCCGCAGCGCCUGCUCGAGCUGCUCAAUCGCAAUGGGGAGCAGUUCACCGGCGAGGAGCUGCAGCUGCUCAUCCAGGGAAUGGAGGAUACACGGUGCAAGCGGGGCAUCAACUAUUGUCGCUUCCUGGAGUUCAUUAUGAACGAGUAGUGGCUCCAGUGGUGAGAUCCCUUCCAAUGAAUUCGCCAUCGCUUAUUAAAUUUACUGUGAAAUCUUGCAUUUAAAUUACUUUAAAUAAAACGGUGUUUUUUUCGAGCGACAG